GACGUGGCUCAUUGAAUCGCGGACAUGAUAGCCCUGGUAGCGGUGUCUGUGCUUCUCGGGGGGCUCGUAGUGCUGUUAACGUUCCUGUUCCAGAAGACUCGGGCUGAGAGCAAACCGGAGCCGAGCGAUCUUAAAGCAAAUGGACAAACGGUACCCGAAAAACAGCCUGGCAAAAAGCAGAAGCUUCAGAAACUGCGCAAAGAAAAACCUCAGCAGCACACGUUCGCUCAUCCGCUGCUUGCCUCUGCGCUCAAGGCACAUAGCGGAAACGUGACUUGUAUAGAUUUUAGCAGCAAUGGCAAAUACCUGGCAUCCUGCUCUGAUGAUAGAACAGUGAGGAUAUGGAGCACCAAAGACUUUUUGGAUCGGGACCACCGCUGCCUGAGGGCUAACGUCGAAUUAGACCAUGCUACACAUGUGCGCUUUAGCCCCGACUGCCGAGCCUUUAUUGUUUGGUUGGGAAAUGGAGAAACCAUCAGGGUAUUUAAAAUGUCCAAGAAAGAAGAUGGCUUUAACUUUUCACCUGCCUCUGAGGAUUUCCCCAAAAAACACAAAGCACCCAUCAUUAACAUUGGCAUUGCAGAAACAGGGAAAUUCAUCAUGACAGCCUCCAGUGAUACAACCAUUUUGAUUUGGGACCUGAAGGGCGAGGUACUGGCAACCAUCAAUACCAACCAGAUGAAUAAUGCCUAUGCAGCAGUAUCGCCCUGCGGGAGGUUUGUGGCAAGCUGUGGGUUCACUCCAGAUGUGAAGGUGUGGGAGGUGUGUUUUGGUAAGAGUGGUGAAUUUCGGGAAGUGUGCCGAGCUUUUGAAUUAAAGGGACACUCGGCUGGAAUGUGUGGAUUUGCAUUCUCCAAUGAUUCCCGUAGGAUGGCAACAGCAUCGAAAGAUGGGACAUGGAAGCUGUGGGAUACAGAUGUUGAAUACAAGAAGCAACAAGACCCAUACCUGUUGUUCACAGGCCGGUGGUCAGGAAAUGAGCCAUGUCGUAUCGCGUUAUCGCCAGAUGGCCGCAUUGUUGCCAUUUCAAGCAUCUCGGAUAUUACAGUAUUUAAUGCAAAUACAGGUGAGGUAGAGGAAGAAUUCCACUCUGUACACGGUGAAAUCAUCACAGACCUCACUUUUGAUACCUGUAACAGAUUUCUGGUUUCUACUGGAGACCGUGCAAUACGUCUGUUCCACAACACUGCUGGGUACAGGGCUGCUAUUGCUGACAUGAAGGACAUGCUCAAAAAAGCCACCAAUAAGGGCAUGAAGGAACGGCUACAGCAACAGAUUAACGAUGCUCAGAAGGCACUAAAUGCUGUGACCAAAAAGAGAAACUGAUGUACUUUUCUCGCAUCGGUCUUUUAUUGUCUUUCUUUAUAUGUAAAGGUAUUAAAGUCUGCAGUAAUUAAAAUCUUACUGUGGAAUCGA